AUGGCAAAGAGCGACGACAAGCGGGAUGGUCGGGUUCUCCUUACGGGAGGGUCGGGAUUCAUUGCUUCGCACGUCCUAGAUGCUCUAUUGGAUACUGGAUUCUCAGUUGUCGUGACUGCUAGGUCAGAGGAAAAGGGGAAGAGCAUUGUAGAGUCGGUUAAACCACAUCACCUAAGUUAUGUCGUUGUCGAAGACAUUGCUACAGAGGGCGCAUUUGAUCAUGUGUUCCGAACCCAGGCGCCCUUCGACUAUGUAGUCCACACCGCAUCUCCCUAUCACCUCAAUGUCGAUGACCCGGUCAAAGAUUUCCUCGACCCGGCCAUUAAAGGCACAACUGGGCUUCUGAAAUCCAUUAAAGCGCAUGGCGCGACAGUCAAGCGCGUGGUUAUCACCUCAUCCUCAGCAGCCGUCCUGAACCCAGACAACCACGCAAAAGUCUACGACGAGACGCACUGGGCGCCGACAACAUUGGAAGACGCGAUUAAGUACCCCGCCAAGCACGGCUAUAGGGCAAGCAAAGUCCUUGCAGAAAAGGCGGCGUGGGCAUUCGUCGCAGACGAAAAGCCGAAGUUCGAUUUGGCCGUCAUCAACUGCACUUACGUGUUCGGACCCAUACAGCGGAAGCUCCCCAGCCUCGAGGCCAUGAACGCCUCGAACCACCGCAUCCGCGACAUGCUGCAAGGCAAGAUGCGGGAUGGCGUUCCGCCGACAAUGCCUGUUUUUACGUGGGUCGACGUGCGAGACGUGGCGCUGGCACACUUGCGGGCCAUGACGGUGCCGAAGGCUGGCGGCAAUCGCUUCUACGUCGUGGGCGGCCACUUCACGAACAAGCAAAUCGUGGACAUCAUCCGAGACAAGUUCCCGUCAUUGGCCGACCGCUUCCCGGCAGAUACCGUGAGCGACCUGCCGGAUGACGUGUAUAACUUCAACAAUAGCAAGUCGAGGGAGGUGUUAGGAAUCGAGUACACGAGUCUUCAAAAGACUAUCACGGCUCGCCAAGUCAUAACACAGACAAUCACGAAUGAUGAUUACACCACCACUGCCGUCGUCACGCUUGGCCCAGGAGACCCCUCGAGUACCCCGCUUAAUUCGCCAAGUGAUUCGCAAGGCUCGAGUGGGCUAUCCUCAGCAGGAAUCGGAAUACUCGUCGGGUCUAUCGUGGGUGCCAUCAUCUUAGCGAUACUCGUAUGGAUGUGCUGUCUUCGCCACCGCAUGGAGGAUUAUGAUGAUGAUGAGACUGAGUACGACCCCAAUUACGACAUGAUGCAGCCGCCCCCGAGAGUAUAUGUGCGAUUCCCACACUCUAUUCCACCUCCCGUCGUGCCCACGUAUACGGCAGUACCGAUUCGAAGGUCAUAUACCUCCCAUGAUGCGGCCCGAAGAGCUUCUUCGUCAUAUAUAAUCUACGACGAUGACCCGAGACGAACCUAUUGA